GGGUAUUAAUCACAUCUAGACAAAAUAAGAUUAGGGCUUAGUUUUCAAAAGGCGAACUAUUAUAACACUUAUUUAAUUUUGAAUGUGGUGUUUGCAAAACGAUGUCAUAAUUAGGUGAUGUAUUAUAAUAACACAAUACUUAGCGAACAAUUUGUCAAGGGGGUUAUUUGUAAUGAUUAACAAGGCCGUGGCAAUAGUUUUACUAUUGUAACAGUAGCAGUUCGUUCUACUUCCUCGGAGCCUUUGUAUCCUUAGUACACGUAGUCGUGGCUGGCCAUGGCGCAGUACGUCACGCAUUGCGUUCCGCCUCGUUACUACGUCACCAUCCAGCUUUACAGGUACACAGACACACAAAAGCAUCGACAGUAUGGCACUCACACAAGAGACUCUGCAGCGUUUCGUGAGCGUGACCCGUUCGAUAGCCACCCUCUGUGACGUCAGCGAGUAUUAUUGAUUUUCUCCACCCCAUAUUCUAACACUUCUGCAGCCCUGGCAUCUAAGUAUGCCGAGGAAAACGUCUAUCUACGGAAAACUUGAGAAGGCGAUGGAAAAUUCUUAAGACGAUCUCUUUUCCUUUUAGUUUACUAAAGUUUCAGUAGUUUUACGGUUGAACAUGUUGUGUUUAUGUCGUCGAAAUCUAGAAGGAAAAUAAUAAGGUAAAUAUGUAUGUAGUACCUAUGUAUAGUUAACUACAGUUACAGUGCUCGUGUCUCACUUACAUGAGAGGGGACUGUCAACGUGUUGAUAAAGUUUAUUAUCUCGCAUAACUAGUAAAUUACCAGGACUGGUCCAACGACAGUCGAGUGUUGUUAAUUUGGGAGCCCGCCCACGUGUUCUCGCCACUUCGCCCUCACUCUAUCCGCCGGGCUAAUCUGUAGAACACCUUCUUGCGCGUAUUAUCUCCUGGUACUGUCGGUUCAUUUUAUCCGUCAGUUUAUCCGAUUUAACCCGGGUUAUCCAGAGCGGUUAAUCCAAUGGCGUACAGUAGUAUUAUUUUGAUUUCGUUGAGUUUUGGUCUGGUGCAAUGUUACAGUCAAUACAGUUUCGAAAGUCACAAGUAUUGUGAUGACUUAUCACCGUAUUAUGGAGACAUCAAUUUGGACCAAAUUGCUGGAGUUUGGUAUGGUGUAGAGAAAAUCCCACAUACGAGAGGAGAAUACAAAAUAGAACACACACAGGAAUGUUUCUACAUUGACAUCAAGGAGCUUAAUAUUGAGAAUUUAGGUCCAACGCACGAUUUUGAUGAGGAAACGGUUUUAGGCAUGUGGUACGUCCAUGAAUACGUGUACCACAAAGAAAACGUUACCAAAACUGAAUACAAUCCUUAUUGCCCUAUCGUGCAAAUUAGGAAGUUUGAAGAUUACGUCGAGGGUGGUUUGUUGAAUCAUAACUUACCAACUCCGCCGACCCCGUAUCCUCAGCUGACCAACUCUCCGUAUGUGAACCGUCAGUACAACAUCCAGGAGCGGUACCGCAUUAGACACUUCGUGCUGGAGUGGCACGAGGGGCUUUGGCAGGACGACUACCACAUCAAGGUCAACACUUCGCACAAAGGGUUCUGGGCCACCGAUGUACCUAAUAGAUCGGUCGGAGACAUGUACCGAUUCUUCGGCGGAGUAAUUCAAGUCCUCAAAGUGGCGAACAAUCAUUUGGUGCUGAACUUCUGCAUGAGGCUGCCAAACUCGCAGCUGUUCAGCGUCGUGCUGUCUAGGAAUGAGAACCAGCUUACUCCAGAAGACUUAGCCAGUAUUCACAACGUGUUCACGUUAAAGCACCUCUCCACUUCUGCUCUUAAAAGAGUUUGUGAAAACUCCGCCUCAAAAAUGACAAUAUCAACGUUACUACUCUUCAUAAUCUCCUAUGUAAUCUGGGGAUCUCGAAUUUAAUCAUUUAAUAGUAAAUUUUGUGUAAUUAUUAUAGUAUUUUAAAUACACAAGCAAUAUUGAUAAAUAUAUUUUUAUAUGAAAGAAGUAAAAUAAAUAUUUAUUACCGAAG